CUGCAGGUCAGGACCGCAGUGAGACGGGGCUGAUUAAGCGUUUCCGUGGUGAUGGCGUGCGCUACAAGGCCAAGCUGAUCGGGACUGAUGAGGUGACAGCGGCACGCGGGGACAAGCUGGUGCCAAGACUCCAUGAUGAAACUCAAGGUGUGUGUGUGUGUGCGUGUGUGUCUGAGGAGAGGGCGGUGGUAUUCAGGUGUAGAAGAAGAAGUGAAUUCAGCCAUCUCUAUUGAUGCGUCUUUGCAGGAGCCAGAUGUAGUUACAAAUCCAUCUACAGAAGAGAGAAUAUGGAUGGUUUUAUUAUGUCUCUUAAACCAUAGUAGCAUUACCGUACAGCCAGCAGGCAAAGCCAUCUCCUGCUCUGAUCCUCUCAUAUCAGAUGUAGUUGCUCCUCAUGUCCAAUAACACAACAAGCAGGAGUUUUGUAGAUCCAUGCUGUGACCUGCCUACGACUCCCAUAUCCAGCAGUCACUGCCAGUUACAGUCAAUGUUUUCAGGUUAAUAAAGGCAUGAUAUUAUAUAGACAGGCAAAAGAGGGGGAUAGAGGGAUGAAAUGGAAGAGGGGAAGCGGUCUCUACUGAGCUCCCUCUCUAAGCUUGAGGACUUAAUACACCAAAUGGAGAAGCCGAUUGCGGAUUGACAAUAGCCAUAGACACCUCUCUCUCCUCUAGCUCUUUGUUUCCCACUUUGGAGAACAAACAGAGGGCGAGAGGGAGUUUGAUGGUUGAUGGUUUCCAAGUUUCUGUAUUAAUGGAUGAGGCUCAGAUCUUGAGGUUGAAAAGAGGGGAGAGGGGCGAUAUAGUGUACUGUUAGUGUACGAGGUCGCUCGCUCAACCCUCCUCAACGUGACCGGGGUUCCAGGGUUGUCAGACGUGUUCAGCAUUCACGAUGAGGUUCUGUCUUCUUUUCUCUUUUCACACAGCUUAUUUACAUGAAAGACAUGUCAGGCUUGUGUUAAUGAGGGAGGGUCGUGCCUCCAUUUGAGUCUGAGAAACAUGCAGGAAAUGUUAAUUGUUUUUGUAAAGAGAAAAAGGAGCUAAGAUCCAUGGGAAAAUCUACUUGAAAGGCUCCAUGGACGUGACAGAAGUGUUCCAGCGAGGUGAAGGCUAGGCUACGGUUGGUCAGCAGAAUACGUUCAGUCAGAGAAACUUAAACUCGCUACAUGGUAGUUUGGCGGCUUGUGUCACAAGGUGCAGGCAGCUGCAGCCUACUUAAGAAAUCAGCCUCUUAAAAGCUGAACAAUAAAAGACUCAGUGGUGAAAAAGAGAAACUCUGUUGAGAGAAUGAAAGUUCAAAAAUAGCAAUAUUAAAGAGCCUUCUGUCGUAUUGCACCUUAUAUAACAGCUGUCACCCUCUUCCUUCCCUCUCCUCCCCUUAUCCCCCUCUCCUCCUCCACCCUGUCAUACUUACCUGAGCUGUGAGUCGAUGGCAUGCUGCUGUCUUUCACGCUGAGCGUAUUUCCCUUCAUCUCCCUGUGUCUCUUCCUCUCCUACAGGGAAUGGCUUCGUCAGCGCGUUCCAAAGGAGAGCACAAGCAGAGAGUCUUCCUCACCAUCUCCUUUGGAGGGAUCAAGAUUUACGACGAGAGAUCAGGGGUGAGUGAGUAAUGAGGCUCCACAGUGCAGCUGCGCAGCCAGGCCAACUGCGGUGAACCUUUUAGGACAUCCAAAGGGCAGAGGCUAAUACAAGUUAAAUCACAGUCAUGUAGAAGAAGGGCAGCCAUCUUGUGUGCCUACCUGGCAUAUGGUGCAGUUGACAUGACAGGGAAUACAACAGAAUACAACAGAAGUCUAGGCACUCUAUUGGAUAGAUACUGUAUAAGCAUUAUAGUAAUAGUUUCACUAAGCCUUCUAAUUUGCGAGGUGGCAAUGUCACAAUAUUGCUUCCACCCAUGCAAUCCUUAUUGGGAGUAGGGGCAAGGGGUUGAUUUGGAAUUUAGAAUGAGUAAACUGCUUCGACUUAACAUGGGCCUGGCCUAGUGUGCUGUAUGAUGGCUAAUGUCUGAUGAUAAAUACCUGUCUACUGUAAUGACAGUGUGUAUGUGAGGGAUGUGAUGUUAUCCCCCUCCUCCCCUCCAUGCUAUGAGACAAUCUGCCUCCCCUCUCCAUUUCAUUCCCCCCCACCCCUCCUCCCCUGAGGGCCCAGAUGCCUGCUGUUCCAUUGCAGGAUGAUAGAGGGGUUCCUCCUCCCCCCAGCCCUCCCAGCCCCCCCUACCCACCAUCCUGAGGCUCUCUGCUCAUCACCGCUAUCCACUAGGCUAAUUAUCCCACAGUUCCAACCCUAAUCAUCAUCACUGCUAACUGCUAGCCUAACUGCCCCAUAGCUCCACCUCAACUGUCAUUAAAGGGGGAAAAAUAUCAUUAAUUACUCAAUAUUGUUACUGUAUAGACCCGCUCCUCAUCGUUUGAUAUUUGAUGACUUCCCUUUUUAUUUGGUUGGAUAGUGGCGCCACCUGCCAAUUGCCGCCAGCCCUUUCAUUUAUCAACAACAGCUAUAUAAUAACCCUCAUAGCCCCAUAGUGUGUGGGUGUGUGUGUGUGUGUGUGUGUGUGUGUAUGCCCUACCCCCUGACGCUCAUCACCGCUGGCGUCUUCUGUAAUUUUGUUUGAGAAUCAUCGUUCCCCCAAUGCUCUUUCAUUUUAUAAACGGAUUACCCCAACAGCACUUCAUUUCCCCAACAAUCAUUAUGGUAAAAUAUGGGGCUUAUUCAGCAGGACGCAGCGUUGCAGAACGUUCAGAUAGAAAUGUGUAAUGUAGCAAUGUACUGUCAUCUAGACUAUAGAACAGUGUCAGCUCUAGUACGAUAUAAUUCUCUCUACUACGUUCUUAUCAUUACACCCCACUGAAGAAGCCCUGGGUAAUUUCUUAGUAGCUCCUCCCCAUUGCUCAAAGCUUAUCAAUGAUAUUAGUGGAGCAGCAGGUGGGAGUAGAUGAGUGACAGCCCAACUACUGUGUGUGUGUGUGUGUGUGUGUGUGUGUGUGUGUGUGUGUGUGUGUGUGUGUGUAUGUGUGUGUGUGUGUGUGUGUGUGUCUCCAUGCACAUGCGUGAAUAUAUGUGUUAGUGUUAGUUGUACUUUUGCCCUUGGUGUUCAGCGCUGCCCUGUGGAUGCACCAUGCUCUGUUAACAAUGCAUAUUUUGGCAUAUUGCACAAUACACAAGAACAACAUCCCCCCAGGUUAGAAAAAUCUUCCAAAUAAGUGAAAAUGGGUUGUGUGUGUGGUGUCUGAUCUGCACGCACACACACACACGCACACACACACACACACACACACAUCCUGAUCUGCUGUUAUUCAUGCAGUAAAUGUGCUGCGUCUCCUAUUCCAACUGUGAGAGCUGGAAAUGAGGAAAGAAAGGGAACAAUGGUAAAAGUGGCAGUUAUCCCUGUCAACAGUAAGACAAAGAGAGAAUAACCCAUUUCCAUCUGCCUUCCUUCGUUCCCUGCUGCGGUGUAUCUGGAGCACCAUAUUGCCAUAGUAUUAGAAUGAGUAAGUAGCUGUAGCCUACUUACGCUGAACUCCCAGUUCACUCCCUCAUUUUGGAACAAAGCAUUCUUUCAUGAAUUCAUGAAAUUCAUAGAAAUGCAUUGAAUAGAGCCGGGAGUUCAGGGUCUAACUAAAUGAUAAAAUCAGGACCUUGGCCCUACAGUAUCCAACAUGAGUCUCCAAACCCAGUGGCGGCUCCUGAAAAAAUUCUCAGGGGGGGCAAUUUUUCUGAUGAUUUAGGUGACCUACACACAUUUUUAAAAAGAUAUGUCCAGCAACAACAUGAAGACAGGGGCAGCAUAUAAGUCAAUACCAGAAGCAUUUAUUGACUGAUCUCAAAAGUGUUGGCUUACAAAAUCAAAAUAAGUUAUCAGAGUAAAAAUAAUCAAGGGUGUUCUUUCACAUUCCUCAACACUGCAUAAACAAUAUGCAUUUCCAUAAACAAAUGAAAUAUCAGCUGAAAAUACAGCAUCUUGGUAUUUGUUCAGAUUGCAGGAUCAACAAGAGCUUUUACCACAUUUCUUGCCUCAUGGUUGAAUUGGAAAUAUGUGCACCUGAGCAUAAUUCACAACAAGCAAUCAGGAGCUUUUGAUAGAGGCUACUGAAAACAUUGAUGCAAGUUAUUGGUAAUAAGACAUUUUUAUAGACUUCCAUAUUCUGCCCUCUUGUAUAGAUUUGUGAAAAUGAACAGUGAUAGACAUUUUGCCUGAAAACAGAAUUUGAAAGUAAUUUCUAGAAAAGGUAAACACAGCUAUCUGUAUGGCUUUGUAAAAAUGAACAACCAUAUUCUGGCCAAUUGUAUAGAUUUGUAAAUAUGAACAACCAUAUUCUGGCCAAUUGUAUAGAUUUGUAAAAAUGAACAGAUUAUUUUUUUAAAAACUUUUUUUUAAAUGAAAAAUAACUAUUUUAAACAACAUCAACUGUGAACUGAUUUGGGCGUGUGUGUGUUAAAGAGACAGACAGGGAGGGACAAAGAGAGAGAGAGGCUACAUUACUUGUACUGAAACUGUUCUCUUCUCUGUUUCAAUACAGCAAAGCGUUCAAUGACUUUCUCAUUGAAAUCAGGCAUGCUGAGGACUAGUUCCCUCUCCAUGGAAAGCAUGGCCAGUGCAUUCAGACGUUCCUGGCCCAUUGAAUUUCGCAGGAAUGUCUUAACUCGUGUCAAAGUUGAGAAACAUCUCUCAGCUUCAGCUGUUGUCAUGGGAGUAGUUAUGAGGAUGUUCAACAGAGUCACAGUCUCAGAGAACGUCUCCUGGAGGUUGUAGCUCAUGAGAACCUGGUACAGUGCCAGUGCACCACAGCAUCCCUUGAAUUCAGGAUUCUCAUAGAUCAGAGAUAGUUCUGUCUUGAGCUUUGCCUUGCUCAGCAUGGGGUAUGCAUUCACAGUGGCAUUCAGAGCCUCAUCAGGAAAUGAAUGGCAGUACCUUUCAAACAUGUCUGCUUGCAGUAAGGUAGCACUCACAAGGUGGCCAGAGAAAGAGAACCUUUCUUUGGUGUGAUCCAGGAUGGUGUUGCAGACCUCUUCAGACAGCCUCUGCUUCUCCUCUUCUCUCAAAGCUGUUCUGGGUCUUUUGGCUCCUGUUGCUUCUUGCAGCUGCUGUUGAGAGGAGUCCCUGAAGGCAAACAGACCAAUGUGUUUGUUGGCUUUGUACAGUAUUGUUGUCUAUGUGAUGCACAGGUAUAUGCAAUGUAUCCAUGUAUAGUACAAAUACUUCAGUUCCACUUAAAAUGGGCAGGGAUGCAUAAAGUCUUUAGUGUUUAAGUUAGCCUUUGUGUCUCACAUAGCCUGGAUGUUCAGCACAGUAUACAGUGGUGCUCAUAAGCUUAUGAUCCCAUGCUAAAGUUGACUAAAAAGAGGAAUAAAAAAGAAAAUAAAAUUGGUGUCCUUAAAGGUUGGAUUUUCCAACUUUUUUAAUUAAGUCAUUAAGAUCAAUUUCCAAAAGAUGAUUUUUUUAUUUUUGUAUUCCUCUUUUUAGUCAACUUUAGAAUGUGUUCAUACACUUAUGAGCACCACUGUACAGUACACAUAGUAUAUAAAAUAAACUAGAUUACACCACUGGCCAUAUAUAAUGAGAAUAAUGUAAUUUCAAACACAAAUGCAGUCUCCUUUCAUGCAUACAUUUUCAAAUAAAGCUCUGCUUUGAGAAAGAUCGAAUGAUAUUGUUUAAUCUUACCUUAUGGCCUGCACACUGCUUGUGAAGCUGUCGAGGGCACGUUUGAUAAAGACAGCAUCGAUGUCCUUCUUCUGUAGCUUCUGGUACAGAAUGUCGACGUGGGGCAUGAUUUUGUGAAAAAGCCGCAGGAAAAAAAUAAAAUCUUCAUCAUGUAGCAUCCUCACGUAGCCAGAUGCCUCUCUCACGGUGGGCUGGUCAAAUGAACCCAAUGAACCCGUCCGAAUGGCUUCAAAACAUUCUAUGAGGUCGUCUCGAUUCUCGUAGACAGUGUUCACGACUCUGCUUAGUAGAAACCUGUUGAAUUAUUAAAUUUGGUCUGGGAGGUCCUAAUUGUUUCGUUGCCAAUUUAUCUUGAUUUGUUCGCCGACAAAAAGGAACUUCUUUCAAAGAGACAAUCGAGUUGCACUGAAGGCUAGCCAUUUUGACAGUAGUAGUGAAUUGAUUGAUGAGGCUACCCGCUCUUUUCUUAGUUACGUGCAUGGUUAUGUUACGUAUGACGAAAGCGCGUAAGUGCAAGCCCUCAGAAACCCAUAGAGAUUGUAUUGAAAGCUCUGAUAUUUGAAAAAAAUUGAUUUUACAUUAGAGGCUAUGAGAGACUUCUGGGCGAUUUUCAACCUGACUGAAAUCGCCCCAAAACGGGCGGGGACAUUUGAAGCACGACUUUAGCCUGAUUGGACAUUUAGUGGCAGAUCAGACGUCUAGAUUAGAACACUGAUAACUACUGUUGCCGUGAUAUAAUUGAUUAGAAAAAAAAAACCUUCCUUUUCCCGUUUGGCAGUGCGUCGCCCAUAUCGCCCUAAUGAACACACCGCCCCUGUCCAAACCCCUCCAUUUUGUAUGGUUCAUUUCCUGCUUCGGAUCUGUCACUUCCUCCUGUUUCUCAGAUCUCCUACAUUACUUCCUACCCCUAACUUAUGUCACCUCCUCCAUGUGUGUUUUCAGGUUCUGCUGCAUCACCACUCAGUGCAUGAGAUCUCCUAUAUCGCCAAGGAUACCCGGGACCACCGGGCCUUCGGCUACGUCUGUGGGAAGGAGGGACACCACAGGUUCGUGGCCAUCAAGUCUGGCCAGUCGGUGAGUACCGUACCUGAGAUCAUAACCUACCCUGGUUGUAGGGACUCAACUCAAGUACCAGGAAUGAGGUGUAUAUUGGUAUUAGUCAGGAAUAACAUUACAACCCAAGUCAACACAUUUAGAAUACAAUAUGAACAGGGACAGACUGACCAUAGAGCAAUUCUGGCAAAUGCUAAAGCCAAAAAGAGUUGACCUGCCAGUCCAUCUGCAAAUCUGUGGGUCAAAACCACCAGAAAUAUGCAAUAAAUAUGCAAUAAAACUGAAUGUUAUCAGAAAUGUUUAAAAACACUUAAAAAUAAUUAAAUAUGUACAUAUUUACAGGAGCUCUCUGCUUAGGCUGCUACUAGGUGCGCCAUGUGACCAGUGUAGCAAAUGUGAUCUUUGCUCUCUCUUGCGUUGUGUAAUAAAGGAAAAGCCAGCCAAUGGUCCCAGUUGAUAAUAUACAGUGGGGGAAAAAAUUAUUUAGUCAGCCACCAAUUGUGCAAGUUCUCCCACUUAAAAAGAUGAGAGAGGCCUGUAAUUUUCAUCAUAGGUACACGUCAACUAUGACAGACAAAUUGAGAGAAAAAAAAUCCAGAAAAUCACAUUGUAGGAUUUUUUAUGAAUUUAUUUGCAAAUUAUGGUGGAAAAUAAGUAUUUGGUCACCUACAAACAAGCAAGAUUUCUGGCUCUCACAGACCUGUAACUUCUUCUUUAAGAGGCUCCUCUGUCCUCCACUCGUUACCUGUAUUAAUGGCACCUGUUUGAACUUGUUAUCAGUAUAAAAGACACCUGUCCACAACCUCAAACAGUCACACUCCAAACUCCACUAUGGCCAAGACCAAAGAGCUGUCAAAGGACACCAGAAACAAAAUUGUAGACCUGCACCAGGCUGGGAAGACUGAAUAUGCAAUAGGUAAGCAGCUUGGUUUGAAGAAAUCAACUGUGGGAGCAAUUAUUAGGAAAUGGAAGACAUACAAGACCACUGAUAAUCUCCCUCGAUCUGGGGCUCCACGCAAGAUCUCACCCCGUGGGGUCAAAAUGAUCACAAGAACGGUGAGCAAAAAUCCCAGAACCACACGGGGGGACCUAGUGAAUGACCUGCAGAGAGCUGGGACCAAAGUAACAAAGCCUACCAUCAGUAACACACUACGCCGCCAGGGACUCAAAUCCUGCAGUGCCAGACGUGUCCCCCUGCUUAAGCCAGUACAUGUCCAGGCCCGUCUGAAGUUUGCUAGAGUGCAUUUGGAUGAUCCAGAAGAGGAUUGGGAGAAUGUCAUAUGGUCAGAUGAAACCAAAAUAUAACUUUUUGGUAAAAAACUCAACUCGUCGUGUUUGGAGGACAAAGAAUGCUGAGUUGCAUCCAAAGAACACCAUACCUACUGUGAAGCAUGGGGGUGGAAACAUCAUGCUUUGGGGCUGUUUUUCUGCAAAGGGACCAGGACGACUGAUCCGUGUAAAGGAAAGAAUGAAUGGGGCCAUGUAUCGUGUGAUUUUGAGUGAAAACCUCCUUCCAUCAGCAAGGGCAUUGAAGAUGAAACGUGGCUGGGUCUUUCAGCAUGACAAUGAUCCCAAACACACCGCCCGGGCAACGAAGGAGUGGCUUCGUAAGAAGCAUUUCAAGGUCCUGGAGUGGCCUAGCCAGUCUUCAGAUCUCAACCCCAUAGAAAAUCUUUGGAGGGAGUUGAAAGUCUGUGUUGCCCAGCGACAGCCCCAAAACAUCACUGCUCUAGAGGAGAUCUGCAUGGAGGAAUGGGCCAAAAUACCAGCAACAGUGUGUGAAAACCUUGUGAAGACUUACAGAAAACGUUUGACCUGUGUCAUUGCCAACAAAGGGUAUAUAACAAAGUAUUGAGAGACUUUUGUUAUUGAACAAAUACUUAUUUUCCACCAUAAUUUGCAAAUAAAUUCAUUAAAAAUCCUACAAUGUGAUUUUCUGGAUUUUUUUUCUCAUUUUGUCUGUCAUAAUUGACGUGUACCUAUGAUGAAAAUUACAGGCCUCUCUCAUCUUUUUAAGUGGGAGAACUUGCACAAUUGGUGGCUGACUAAAUACUUUUUUCCCCCACUGUAUUUAUAAAUAGCACAUUCAAUUUGCAGGGCUCAAUGCUCUUGAUGGCUGUAGAUAGCUGCAGAUAACAACAACUCUGUAUUAGCAGGGAGCUAAUAUGAUCCGUGUGCGGUUCGUUCAAUCAAUAUCCGAACUUAAACAACUAAGACGGAUAAUCAUUUCGACUGCUUUAAUUAAUUUUUCUUAUUUCACAUGUCAGUUGGUAACCAGUUUAUAAUAGCAAUAAGGCUUUGUGGUAUAUUCCGCUUCACGUAGUGCUUAAGAACAACCCUUAGCCAUGGUAUAUUGGCCACACCCCGUCGGGCCUUAUUGCUUAAGUGUACAACAUGUGUGUCACCUUGUAAGAUGAUGACGGUGUGUCCUCCUCUUCACCCCCCUCACUCUCCCCCCCCCCCCCCCCCCCCCCCCCCUCUCUCUCUCUCUCUCUCUCUCUUUCUGUCUCUCUCCCUCCCUCUCUCCGUCCUUCCCUCCCAGGCGGAGCCACUGAUCAUUGACCUGCGUGACCUCUUCACGCUCAUCUAUGACAUCAAGCAGCGAGAGGAGAUGGAGAAGAAGUUCCAGAAGGACAAGCAGUGUGAGCAGGCCGUCUACCAGGUAAACAACAACAACACAACUGUUACCAUGGCAGUUAUGCAUCACAAUAACACGUUGGCCAUUUGAGUGUACCCAUGAGUGUAGUCUACCAGGGAAAUUGCUGUGGACAAUACUGUCCAGGCUUUGUCUGUUCUAGUGAUUCUAAUUCUAUGACCAGAGAACACUUCCUGUUCUUUCACUGUUCAAUAGAGCUCUUUUCAACCUUCAACCACUCCACUGUGAGAUCACACUGCAUAUAAUAUAAAUGAGGAUUGUUCAUUGAAACAAUUGAAUGUGAACGCUUUCAAGAGAGAGACUGCAAUACAAAUUAUUUUAGUGUUUUGAAGGACUUUUGCUAUACUAUACAGAUGUUUUAUGCUGAAACAUGACUCCAUGCAUCAGAAGAGUCCCAUCAAUGUAAAAGGCCUAAUGUAAUGUAUAGCUGUGUCCACAAGGGAAGGAAUGAUUAUGUGGGAAAUGUUACUGGACUGUACAGUCAUUUAGACAAACGUGUAUAUUCCCCCUUAGACCCAGCAAUUCCUUUUUGUCCUCUCUAAUGGACAUUAGUUUUUGGUCUGUAUUUCUAAGGGCAUACAUGCCACUGUGUGAGGUCCUGUUGUUCCUUUGAGAGGACAUUCUUAGCGUUUCAAUGACAUCACAUGUGUGUGUGUCACCUUGAUAUUUCUUUCUGGUUCUUCAAAAUGAACAAUUACACAAUUAGUUUGAUAUUCAGAUUGUUUCUAAUAGGUAAAUAUCUCAGGAAUAGUUUUCAAAGCAGUGUAAUAUAUUUAUUUUACAUUAAAUAAGAGCUAAAUAAGAGCUUGUUAAUAAAUGUUCUCUGUAGUCGACAUCAAGAUGCUCUAACUAUGUUUUUUACCUACUGUCCCAAUUUACUGUAAUGUUAAAUGUAUCAUAUUUACUAUCAACCGAGUCCUAAUGGACACUACACUGCACAUACAAUAAUAAAUGAAUACAAAUAUUUUUUCACUUUUGUUUCUUUCUAACACGUUUUUUUUCCCCCCAAACAAAAAAAGAAUAAUUCCAAAACCUUUUUUUUGCUGGGUCUCAGGAGGAUAAAAAUAGAUGAAGAGGCGCUCUCUUCUGAGUUCCUAAUAAGAUAGGCCUCUUUUCCCCCAAGCCAAUGGCUAAUUGCUCACACCUGAUGUCCUAGCAUGCUCUUGCUCUGUUCUUCUAUCUGUUAUUCUAUCUCUUGUUUUAUCUGUUAUUCUGUCUGUUAUUCUGUCUGUUAUUCUGUCUGUUAUUCUAUCUGUUAUUCUAUUUGUCUCUCUAUGUUCUUGCUCUGUUCUUCUCUCUGUCCGUCUUCUACUUGUUAUGUAAAACGUUCCUUCUCUUCAACCAUCACACAGACCAUUCUGGAGGACGAGGUGGAUGAUCCAGUUUACCAGGUAAGUUGCCACAAAACAUCAACACAGCCAAUCCGAACUAGCGAUGGAACCUCAUGUGACCUUUACUCUCUAGCUUCUACUGACACCAUUGUUUUCAGGUGAUUCAUUCUAUAGAAUAAAAAAACAAUUAAUCCUUAAUGUAAAUAUCUGCCGCUGAUCUGCUUGAAUGAAUGAUUCAUGAUAUCCAAACCAUCCCAGUAAUACGCAGUAGACCAACCAUCAUAGUAGAAGGUUUGUUCAACCAUUUGACUCUUCCAUUGCCAGUGCAGUGUUGUAAAACCAUAUAUUUUCAGUUGAUCUGUGUAUAUGUUCUGAUUUUCUUCUAAAGACCUAUCUGACCCUGACUGGUUGUUCUCCCCUCUUGCUUUUGGCUGAAACUGGAACCUGAUACUCUACUCUGUUGCUCACACUGAAUACAGACAACACUAACCCUUACUCUGAAUACUUAUGUUCAGUGGUUAUGCCCCAACCCCUUCAAAACAUUUCUAAUGUUUGCCCCUUUAGCUUUUACUACAACUGUAUGCCCCCAAAAAACAUUUAAUUUGCAAUUCUGUGGUAGCAUUGCCUGUUUUUGUUUGUUUUGUUUUGAAUACAAGAGUCCAAUGACUAUUGGGCAGAAUCCUAACUUGAGAUCUGGGCGUGUAACAAAUUCAGACUUUCGUGUAAAUCAACUAAGUUACAAGCGUGGAUCUCAAAUCAGGAUUAGGCCCUCUGUGUCUACGUGGUAGUGGAGAUGGAGAGCAGUGUUCUGCUGAAGUUUGUGAAGGGAGAGCAGAACUCUUAGACCUCUACAGUACCUGUUACCACUGCCUGACCAAUUACUGUACUCUCUCCUCUUCCUUCUUCACUCUAUAUUCUCUCUCUCUCUCUCUCUCUCUCUCUCUCCUCUCUCUCUCUCUCUCUUCUCUCACUCUCUCUCUCUCUCCCUCUCUCUCUCUCUCUUUCUUUCUUUCUUUCUUUCCCUGUUUCUCUCUCUCUCAAUGUUUUUCUCUCUCUCUGUCCCUCAAUCUUUCUCUCAAUCUCUUUCUUUCAUUCAUUCUUUCUCUCUCUCUCUCUCUCUCUCUCUCUCUCUCUGUCUCUCUCUCUCUCUCGCUCUCUCGCUCUCUCUCUCCAUCUAUCCCGUCAUCCUCCAUCCCUAUUGGCCCAACCUACUUCCUUUGUUGUAGUACAUUGUGUUUGAGGCUGGACAUGAGCCCCUCCAUGGCCACCAAUCAGAGGAGAGCGUUUACCAGGUACAAUACCAAGCCCCACCUCUUCCUUACCUUUUGUAGAGUAGUCAACCCAGAGCAUUGUGUUACAAUAGAAUAUGUAUGUUUGUUAGAGAGCAGAGCAGAGCAGUACACUCUAGAUAUUGAUUUUUUAAAAUACUAUACUCACAUCAUUCCUAAUGUAAAUUAUGAAUAACAUCUCAAAUCUACAGUUCAGUGAAGUGCAGUCAAGGCCAGUUAUUUUGACAGACCAAUUCAUCCAGGCUUCUCUAGAGUCUAUGUGGGCUCCCUGCAGACAUCCAGAGGUUUGACCUUCCCGUUCAGUUCAAGGGACCAAGAGCAGCCUCUAGGAACCUAGAAUGUGAUUUAAUCGGCCCCCCCUCCCCCCUCAACCCCCUCCCUCUCCCCCAAGAAAACAACCCCCACCCUAGCGAACCACCCCUCACCCCCCCCCUCCCCUCACCCCCGCGCCCCACCUCCCUCUCCCAGCGAAGAACCCUCACCCCGACACUCAACCCGCAAAAACAACGAAGGAAGAAAACGACACGAAAAAAAAAACGAAAAAAAGAAAAGAAGACCCGCAAGAAAAGAACAAGAACUAGCAGGAAACGCAUCGCCCCCCUCCACCAUCCCCAUCCUCUUCGGGCUUAAACUCCUGCCUCCCUCGUCUCCCUUUGCCCCCUCUCCUCCCCCUCCUUCUCCCCCUAUCCUCAUCCUCUCCCUCCCUCCUCCCUCCUCCCUCCUCCCUCCUCCCUCCUCCUCUCCCUCGCCUCUCUGAAGAUGUAAGAUGCAUAGAGAUUAAUCACUUGCUAUACCAUUUGAUCUCCAAAUGAAACAAGAUCAAUAGACAAGAAGAAAUUGCAGCCCAACGCCAAGUUAGACAGCCGAAAGAGAGAAAGGAAGGCCAUAUUGUUGAAUACGGUUAAUAGAUGAAUGUGAGGAAAAUAUACAAAAGAGAGGAGAGGAGAGGGCAGGACACAAUCCUGUGUCGUCAGUUUCCAUAGAUUUAAACCUCUUGUUGAACAUUGUACAAAUGGAGAAAAACAAUUGUGUGAUCUUAAUGUCCAAACAAAGAAGUAGCAUGCACAAUCUUACAGCAUUGCUUACAAUCAAUAUUGAUUUAAGUAGAAUUGAUUCGAGAGCGGUACAACUGUCAAAUUUUAUUUGCAUAACAUUGCUUUUAAACCAGACCACAAUAUCACCAUUUGUAGUCUAGAGACCCAUUCUGAAAUGAUGACAGAGCAGUAGCUUUGAGACACUGCAGUAGAAAAUAUUCAUUUUGUAAUAAAUAAGCUAAAAUGGUGUUGCUCACUGUAUUGUUUUAUUUUGACCGGACCUCCAACGCAGGUCCCUACCGCUACCAGUCAGCAGAAGGGAGAAGGGAUCUAUGACGUCCCAAAACGCCAUUUUAUGACUGUAGGUGUUUUGUUUUUGUUUUUUGUUUUGUCCACUCCCCCCACUGGCAAACCUCUCUGUCUCUCUCAAUGGAAAACCUCCCCUCUUCUUUAGUUUCCAUUUAUGAACCACUGUCUGUGUGACCACUGUUAUACACAGUACACACCAUCAAACUGGUUUAGACUGGUUAUCAUCACUGUGCGUCUAGGUCAUGGUUGCCUGCCUGUGCACUAACUAUCUGAUAUUGAUUUUCCUGGCCAAGGAAUUAUAUACAGAAAUAUAAUCUAUUGCUUUGGAAUGAUCAACCAUGGGGUCUUAGACACUUCUAGAGUUAUGAUGAUACAAUGAUAUUCAUGAUUUAUGCAUAACCUGCCCCAACAGAUUCAUUAUGUGUCCAUCAAGCUUGGAUGUUGCACCAGCUAGAGAUGGAGUCUUUGCUUCAAAUCCUCCACACAAUUUAAAAUAUGACUAGGAGGACUAUUUGACAUUGAAGAAGCGUAAUGUCUUAAAGACUAAAUGUUUUUUGUCAUUUCCAGUCUUAGUUGAAUAGUGGGUUGUUCCAUCUUCCUGGGAGGUGAAUAUGAGAGGUUUGCUGGUGGAGUUGCUGUUUGUUUGGUGGAGCUGCAUGCAGACAGGCAGAGUGGUCUCCUAGGUUACCACCCCACUCAUAAAAACACUGUACCUGUAUGCAGAGCAAAUAUAUAUAUAUAUUUUUUUACAGCAGAUUAAUUUCUGACCACAAAAAAUAGACAGGUCAUGGAUUCACUUUUAGUUUUUUUUCCAUCCUGUUAGUUGUUAUGAGCUUUCACAGUGUCAGAUGCAAUAGUUAGUCGUUCUUCUCCAAACCAUCAUCCAAACAUUUAUUUAAAGCUGGAAUCCUUAAUGGGGAAACUUCCACGUCCGUUUGUGAUUUUACAACAACAAAGGAGUUACUGUAAACAACAAACAGUUUUUUCCCCUCUGACAUCAUUGCACAUCUGAUAGAACAGCACAGUAUGUACCAAAACAUUGUUGUACCAUGCUGCUCAAAGCUCCUCAGCUGGGCAACAAAAACAAUAACAACGGUGGUGGAGCAGCCAGUGGUUUCCCUAUACUGCAGGAUUCCAUCUUUAAGCCUAUUGGUCAAGACAUUUACAUGGAAACAGAAAAACACUUACAAACCCUAGAAGAGAGUGUGCUUUCUUUUUCCCUUUGCUUUCUUUCUGUGCUGAUAGUUCAGCAGCAUAUCAACUAGAUAUGGUAGCUACACUGUCACCCCGCUAUCUCUCCCCAACACACAUCAUGCUAGCUGGUGUUGUAUGAAUAGCUGCCGACGCUGCCUCCAUAUCUCUAAGAGUUACUGCUUGUCUGUUCAUUCAGUUGGAGCUUUACUGAGAGCCUAGAUCCCCCGGCCCUAGCCUGACAUGUUCAAGUUCAAGUUUGUUUGUCGUAUGUGCACGAUACACAAAUGAACUUGACCUUGAACGUGUGUGUCACUCUGCCUGCCUGCCAGUCUGCCUGAGGGGAACUAUAACCACACUACCUUACAGACACCUGCCUCAGCCCCCUUAAGGUUAAAUAAGACUGUCAGACCAGUACAUCAUGUAUAACAACAAUAUGGUACAAUGUAUGUACUGUAUAUGAUUGGAUUCCUCCACACAAUUCAAAGAGGGCAAAGACAAUGUUAUGUUACCCCCCCCCCCCCCACACACACACACACUGAUUGCUGUUUUCCCCUCAUUUUCUCUCUUCUUUGGGUGUGUGUGUCUUUAUUUCUUGCAUGCAAAUCCUGUGUGUGUUGCCGUGGUGAUACAUUGUCUGCUUGUGCAUGGCGCCUGCAGUCUAUGACAUACUGUACAUGUCAUGUGACUUACCCAUUUCAUAGUCUGGUUGUAGAACCCAUGUCCUUCCUCCCUACCUCCUCUGUAUUGUGAUUGUACUGUUAGAGCGCUGAAUGUAAAUGGCCAGGGGGGUGAGACGUAGUAGUCGGAACGGUCACGUCUGCAAUAUGGGUCAGGUGGUUAUAUUGUCUCGGUGGGGGAAAAUGGUGGGCUCAAAAAACACAUGUAUAAAGCCUGAAUCCUAAUGAUAUAAUAUUAUCUUGUGUUUGAGAGGAAUCACAAUGGUAAUGCAUUGUGGGACUUCAGGGGCUGAUUUGAUUGGCAGAGAUGGACAUAGGAAUAUCUAAUCAGCGUUCGUUAGAUUGGACUGAAUAACCCUUUUACCCAGCCAAUUACAGAGCACCAUGAGAGAUUAGUUUAAGAUCCAUUUUCUGAUAAUGAAAUGAGAGGAAAGAAGAGCUAGAUGUUUCUAACCAGCUACAGUACAAUUCUCUUUGUGAAUAGAACCCACGUCUCCCCCACCUACCCAUCACACACACACACACACACACACAGGAGCACAGGAGCACAGGAACACACACACACACGCAGGAACCUAGGAACACAUACACACACACAAACACACAUAGCCACCCUACCCUGUUAUAGAUUAGUAGAAUGUGUUAUUAUGACAAAGCAGAUCUGGCUUUUGUUUUGUUGUGAAAUGUCACUGUUCUCUUUCUCUGUCCCUGUUCCUUCAUCCCUGCACAGAACAUUAACCAUUUUGAUAUUUUCGGAGACAUGUCCACUCCACCCUCGGUGAGUAACUGACCUUCCCAUUCAAAAUAAUGUUGCAUUAAGAAUGAUUUGUUGUGAUUAGACUAAUACAAAUGCUGUUCACUACAGGAUGGCUCAAGUAAAUAGAUUGCAGGACCUCUAUUCAAAGUAAAUAGAUUGCAGGACCUCUAUUCAAAGUAAAUAGAUUGCAGGACCUCUAUUCAAAGAAAUAGUAAUAAUGAUCCCAGUGAAAUAAUAGGUGCCUGGUUUAGACGUGUGUGUGGAUGAUUUGCCUUCAGAUGCCCCCGUCCCCGGCCAACACUUUGGACCCCAGCAGGAGCCACCGCCAACCCCAGCACCAGCACCAGCAACCCCCAGAGGUGUUCACCGGUCCCUUCAGCCCCACCUCUGUCCCCUCAGGGUACAUGACCAUGGGGCCAGUCCAGGCAGCCCAGUGGGCCCAGCAGGGACCCUUCGCUGGCCAGACCCAGACCCUGGCCUUCGGGGUGCAGGGGCCCCUCCAGGUGACCCAGGUCCUCCCGGGGGGCCAGCCCGUCAUCUGGAGCCAGGCCAACAUCUUCCCCACCACCCAGCAGCAGUGGGCCGCCAUGGCUGCCUACAUGCCGGCUCAAGCUGUGGGCAUGGGGGGUCACCACCUCCCCAUGAUGGUGCCCAUCACCACUGUGUGCCCCGGCCCCCAGGGCCCACAUUGCGACCUCUCCUCCACCCCCUCCUCGGCCAUCACCAGCCCCCAGCACCAGGCGAUGGACCCUGCCCUGCUCCAGCAGCUCCAGCAGCAGCACAGCCUCGGUGGGGACUCUGACGCAGGAGAAGGCCCCUCUUCGCUGGGCCUUGUCAUGGUGGGCAGCAGGUGUGGAACACCCGGGCCGAUGAGUCCCACUUCAAUGGGUCUGGGUGCUGUGGGCAGGUGUGAGACGCCAGUUAGCCUUGUCAUGAUGGCGAGGUGUGAGACGCACGGCCCUGGUCCAGUGAAUGUGCCUCCUGACACCCUGGUCUGUAGCCAGCUGUGCCUGGGGUCACCGCCGGCUGUGAUGUCACCAUCGGACUCGACCCAGGAAGAGGAAGGCAGCUAUAGUGACCUUGACCUCUCUCGGAUGACCUUGAGUCCAGGCACGUCAACCUCACCCUCCACUGACUCAGGUAAGCUCUCCCUACUGCCAGUCUCUGCUACAUUCAUACAAGACUAGAUAGAUAGUUACAGCACAAAUAAGUUACCCAACACGAACCUUAACCUAACCCUACCCACAUGGAUAACUUUCAAUGCUGUAAGUGAAAAAGGUACACCCAACAACCAACACUCCUAUACCUCUCUCUCUCUCUCUCUCUCUCUGUAGCAUCCACCCCAGCCCCCCAGCCUGGCUCGUCCUCAGACUCCGCCCCGUCCCAGACCAGUGACCCCCCCACAGACCACUCUCCCAUUGAAAGAGAGGCCACACCCCGCAGCACCAGGGAGGAUGACUCGGUGAGUCUCGGAUAAGCUGUUCAUGAUGAUGUAAUGAGCUAUCAAAUAGUUGGUGGAUAGUUGUUUUAAUGGUUGAAGUUAUUGGUUGAAGAUACUGCAUGAACUUGUAUCUGUGGAUUAUACAACUCUGUGUGAUAUUAACCAUGCUCUCUCUCUCUCUCUCUCUCUCUCUCUCUCUCUCUCUCUUCUCUCUCUCUCUCUCUCUCUCUCUCUCUCUCUCUCUCUCUCUCUCUUUUUGCUGUAUCUGUCCAUCCAGGGCUCAUGCGCCAGGGCUCUGUCUCCCUGUCUAGCCGGUGAUGCUCCAGCUGAUUCUCCACAGGCCCAGAUCUGUCCACAGGAAGACAGUUAGAGAAACUGGGCUCUGGGUGGGUCUCCUCUCCUCUCCGCUAAAUCCUUCUAAAGUAAAAAGAGAGAGAACUCCUCUCCCUCCUCGGAAGAGAGAGAAAUCUCAUAUCUCUCUCCUUCCUCUCGCUCCUCUCCUAUACUAUCUCUUCUCCUCUCCUCCUCUCCUCUCCUCUCCACCCCUCUCCCUCUCUCUCCACACCCUCUCCCUCUCUAGCCACCACCUCUCCUGUUCUAUUGUCCAACCUUUUGUAUCCCCUUAAGGCUGCUUAAAACAUCUCUGUUUUAUUGAUUGGUCUAAAAACCCUUUACCACUCAGUUCUUGUUCUCUGUGUCAGUCUGGUGUCUUUCCAGAGGCACAGAUCUCUUCUUUGUCUUUAAGUCUCUCUCUGUGUCUUUGCAGCUGAAUGGUUUUCAGCCAAUUAUGGAACAUACAUGGUUUUGUUUAAGACUUAGUUUAUUAUGGCUCUGUAAUACGUUGUAAAAUGGAACAUUGCUGCAUUGAUUCUGUACGAGGACGUAAGGAACAAUACUGCCACCUGCUGUUCAUAGGCUCAUAACUGCACAUACACUGCUCAAAAAAAUAAAGGGAACACUAAACUAACACAUCCUAGAUCUGAAUGAAUGAAAUAAUCUUAUUAAAUACUUUUUUCUAUACAUAGUUGAAUGUGCUGACAACAAAAUCACACAAAAAUUAUCAAUGGAAAUCAAAUUUAUCAACCCAUGGAGGUCUGGAUUUGGAGUCACCCUCAAAAUUAAAGUGGAAAACCACACUACAGGCUGAUCCAACUUUGAUGUAAUGUCCUUAAAACAAGUCAAAAUGAGGCUCAGUAGUGUGUGUGGCCUCCACGUGCCUGUAUGACCUCCCUACAACGCCUGGGCAUGCUCCUGAUGAGGUGGCGGAUGGUCUCCUGAGGGAUCUCCUCCCAGACCUGGACUAAAGCAUCCGCCAACUCCUGGACAGUCUGUGGUGCAACGUGGCGUUGGUGGAUGGAGCGAGACAUGAUGUCCCAGAUGUGCUCAAUUGGAUUCAGGUCUGGGGAACGGGCGGGCCAGUCCAUAGCAUCAAUGCCUUCCCCUUGCAGGAACUGCUGACACACUCCAGCCACAUGAGGUCUAGCAUUGUCUUGCAUUAGGAGGAACCCAGGGCCAACCGCACCAGCAUAUGGUCUCACAAGGGGUCUGAGGAUCUCAUCUCGGUACCUAAUGGCAGUCAGGCUACCUCUGGCGAGCACAUGGAGGGCUGUGCGGCCCCGCAAAGAAAUGCCACCCCACACCAUGACUGACCCACCGCCAAACCGGUCAUGCUGGAGGAUGUUGCAGGCAGCAGAACGUUCUCCACGGCGUCUCCAGACUCUGUCACGUCUGUCACAUGUGCUCAGUGUGAACCUGCUUUCAUCUGUGAAGAGCACAGGGCGCCAGUGGCGAAUUUGCCAAUCUUGGUGUUCUCUGGCAAAUGCCAAACAUCCUGCACGGUGUUGGGCUGUAUGCACAACCCCCACCUGUGGACGUCGGGCCCUCAUACCACCCUCAUGGAGUCUGUUUCUGACCGUUUGAGCAGACACAUGCACAUUUGUGGCCUGCUGGAGGUCAUUUUGCAGGGCUCUGGCAGUGCUCCUCCUGCUCCUCCUUGCACAAAGGCGGAGGUAGCAGUCCUGCUGCUGGGUUGUUGCCCUCCUACGGCCUCCUCCAUGUCUCCUGAUGUACUGGUCUGUCUCCUGGUAGCGCCUCCAUGCUCUGGACACUACGCUGACAGACACAGCAAACCUUCUUGCCACAGCUCGCAUUGAUGUGCCAUCCUGGAUGAGCUGCACUACCUGAGCCACUUGUGUGGGUUGUAGACUCCGUCUCAUGCUACCACUAGAGUGAAAGCACCGCCAGCAUUCAAAAGUGACCAAAACAUCAGCCAGGAAGCAUAGGAACUGAGAAGUGGUCUGUGGUCACCACCUGCAAAACCAGUCCUUUAUUGGGGGUGUCUUGCUAAUUGCCUAUAAUUUCCACCUGUUGUCUAUUCCAUUUGCACAACAGCAUGUGCAAUUUAUUGUCAAUCAGUGUUGCUUCCUAAGUGGACAGUUUGAUUUCACAGAAGUGUGAUUGACUUGGAGUUACAUUGUGUUGUUUAAGUGUACCCUUUAUUUUUUUGAGAAGUGUAUUUCACACAAGUAUAUCUGAAAUUCAGUGUGUGUGUGUGUGCGUGUGAGUGUGUGUACCUUCCUUGUAUGUGUUUUAAUGCUGCUCCCUCCCUUUCCAGGAGAAGGAACCUCUCUAGGCCCAAAGAUGUGACCGACCGGAGGAUAGAAAAGGAUGAGAGGAGAGGAGAGGAGGACAGCAUACUGAGAGAUGAAGGAGAGGAGACUCUGGACUCCUAUGUCCCUCCUAAUAACUUGAUUACACUGAUCACUGUUCUGUUCUGGGGAAUACUGAUAUUGGCAGCCUAA